CCCUUGUCUCUCCCCUUCUCCCUUCAAGUUCGUCCUGUUAGAGGGCUGGUCCCUACAUUUCUUUUUUGCUACGCUAAGCUGGUCUAGACGGCCCCUUUCACUUUCUGGCACCCGAGCAGGCCUCCUCCCCUUAUUAGAAUCUCGUCGUUCCACGAUGUUCACGCUCGUCCGUGCCCUCCUGGUCGUUUCUUCACUCCUUGCGUCCCGAGUGGCCCAUGCCGCUCCUCUAGGCCUCCCGCGGGACAGCUCGGACACGCAAACCGUCACCCUUGCGUCCGUGCAGCCCUUGCUCACCCCUGCGCGCUUCGCCCGCGCUGCGUAUUGCUCGAGCGCUUCUGUGCAGAACCUCACGUGCGGACAACCGUGCAAGGACAUCGGGGAUGUGGAUGUGCUGUUGACGGGGGGUGAUAACAAGGAGACGCCCAACUUCUACGUAGCGUACGACAAGGUCAACGACCAGGUCGUAGUAGCCCAUCAAGGCACGAACACGAACAACUUGGCAUCGAUCUUGAACGAUUUGAAGUUGACGAGGUCGGGUCUGAAUGAGACGCUGUUCAAGGACGUACCGGAUGGCGUGGAGGUGCACGACGGGUUCCAGGGCGCGCACGGCCGAUCGGCAGACGCGGUCCUGUCGACCGUGCAAAGCGCGCUGGCGGACUCCGGCGCGAAGAAGCUCCUGGUCGUGGGCCACAGUCUCGGGGCCGCGAUCGCGACUUUAGACGCGAUGAUGCUUCGGUCCCGGUUGCCGGCCGGGGUCACGAUGGAUACCGUCGUGUUCGGGCUCCCGAGGAUGGGCAACCAGGAAUGGGCGGACUUUGUGGACGCGCAGCUUGGAUCCCAGUUCACGCACGUGUCGAACGACCAGGAUCCGAUUCCUCAGGUGCCGUCAUUCUUGCUCGGGUUCCAGCAUCCAAGCGGAGAGGUGCAUAUCAAGACUGGCAACGUGACCCUCGUCUGCGACGGUCAGGAGAACGAGAACUGCUCGAGGGGAAACGAUUUCUCAAACGAGAUAUUCCAGAACCAUAAAGGUCCGUACUUCGAGGCGGCGAUACGUAUGGGCGGAGGAUCGUGCCCAGGGUUUCAGGACGAGGACGAGAUUGGGUUCUUCGACUUCUAGUUCGGGAUCCGGCGCAUGCCCGUGGAGGGCGGGGGCCAGCGGAGGGUUGCGUAUCGCGUUGUUUCUUGUUGAUCGUUCCCCUUGGCGGGCGGCCAACGACGCUUGUUCAUGACGACGACACUAUUCGAGGCGAGACCGUCGAUGCGGUGGAGUGCCCCGUCGGUCGCAUGAAACAGAAGCCACAUGAGAUCGGUUGAAUGUGCUCUGGGUCCAGGUGAUGUUCCAUCUGACCGACGGGUACACAAGGUAUACAACGCGUCCGUGAUAUUCUAGUAGCCGGUAACUUCUGAUAUUCACUUAUCUGGCUUUCGAGGCUGAUCGAUGGUCAUUGCUGCGCUAUUGACUUAACUCUGAACAUGGACUCGAUGU